AAAGAAGAUCUAGCUGCUGCUAUCGCGGCUUCCCUCCAAGACAUACAAAUCAGUACAACUCAAAAUUCACAUGCCUACAACGUAUCUGAUUACUCACCUUAUAAGACAAGUAAGACAAGUAUGCACGAAUUGUUACCAAUGGAAGCCGAGGAUAUUUAUAACUUUUCAGAAGCGCUUGAACGAAUUCGACAAAGUGGAGGUGAUUUGAUGAGAGAUCGUCAAGUUCAG